AUGUCGGCGUCGUCAUCCCGCCGCUUUGCCCAGCCGCGGCUAUUUUCCAGCCAUGCUGAGUCAGUUGGAGGUUCAGGUAGUUCGUAUAAAGCCCUUGGCGUUACCGCUGCUGCCAUUCUGGGUUCGGGGAUCUACUAUGGCUAUCGCAAGGGAGUGCUCCCCGGCUUCUCAAUUCCGCUGCAACUCAUCGACGAGGAAGGUUUUGACAGCUCUGACAACCUUGUUGUUGUUUUAUUGGCAUCCAAAAGGAUGCAGGAUUACCCCAAAUCUCAGAUUGAGAAGUUGAAGUCGAUUGUGCCCGAUGGUGUGAAAAUUUGCUAUACAGUGAAGGGUGGUAGCGACAGUAGCAAGCCGCCGGUCAUGUUAUACAAGGGCACGCGCAAGAAGUUUUACGCGGAAAUCGACUUGCUCGAAAAAUCGCAGUUUGAGGACAUGGCAUCCGAAGUGUCGGCCUUUUUCGAAGCCGUAUCGCAAGACUUUGGCGCCUUGCGCCAGGACCCCAACAUCCCGGAGUACGUUACUCAUGACACCUUUAGAGAGAAGGUUAUCAAGGAGGCGACGGCGAAGUCGCCUAUCGUGUUACAGUUAUACGAGGACAGUUGUUUCCUCUGUUUUUUGAUGAGGCCGUUCAUCAAUAGCAUCAAUCGCCACCUCCGGGAGAUCAAAAGCAAUGUGCGCAUCAAGCGGCUCAACAUAGAGCGCAACGACUUCCCUGAGGGCUGCCCAGUGACUCGUGCGACCCCUACAUUUAUCGUGUACGACGGGCAGCCGCAAGGCAACAAGUGGUCUGAGUUCAGGCCCAAGGAUUUCGUGGCGAAGCUGGUGGAGCUGGCAAAGCUGGACGAAAAGAGCCAAGCGUACCUCAACCAGCUCACAGAGGAUAUUUCGCAGCGAUUCAUGUUGUUCGGAAGAUGGGCGCGAUGGGUCGGUGAGGCCCAAAUAAUUCAGGAGAGUGUGCUGACCGAGGCCCCCGUGGACGAGGAAGAGGUUAACACGCGUGCGCUGCGGUUACUCAUGGAUAUGGACAUGGAUAGAACCGAUGACCUGGAAACAAAUCUCGAGGCAUUGCGAAAAGAGAUCAUUUCUGCCGAGGAAGAUUGUGUCGCGGUGUCGGAGGUAAUGAUCAACGAAAUCAUAAAGCACGAACAAAAAUACCGCUCCGAUGCCAACUGA